AUGUCCAUCCAAUUUGCCACCAAUCUCUUCGACAACCUCGAUGCGCUUCCGCCUUUGGUACUGUAUGCAUUCCCUCGCCCAAAGCCUCGCCGUCGAGUCGUCUCUCCCGACUGGUCAAUCAAAGCCGGCGAUAUCCUUCCGUACCUCGCCAUUAUACCUGGCUUCAUGGGUCAUGGGGCGGCGAGUAGAGCUCUCACCGAAAUCAAGCGAGAUGUCGUGAACGAACUUCGCAGUCGAGACGUCCCCCGCAAUAAAUCGUACGAUGUGAUCAAGACCUGGUUUGAAGAGCAGGAGGAUCUUGUGGCUGAAAUAUGCCGUUCCAUCACAUACGAUCAUCCGUAUAUGGAUUACUUUGAGGGAAGUUGGGCACUUCGUGCCAUCAUGUGGUCCGUGAUGUGGCAUGGCCGAUUCAUGCGCAGCUCCUCUCGUAUAGCAGACAUGGCCCAGAGACAAAUCCGUGUCCGCGCAAACUCUCUCGAAGUUUGA